AUGGGCGAACGAGGAGGAGGAGAAAGAGGAGGGAGGAAGGGCGGCUGGCUGAGGUGGGUGACGCCGAUUGAUGCGACGGCGAUGGUGGGUGGUUCUCGGCGGCGGAGCAGCGAGGGAAUGGGUGGUGGGUUGCGCGAAGGAGGGAAAGGCAGGGGAGAUUUUGUGUGGUGGGCGGCGGAGGUUGGUGUGUGGGAUGGUGAUGUUGGUCGUUGGUGGGGUGUGAUAGAGGUGGUGUGGGGCGGCGGAGAAAGAAGAAAACAGGGGAGGGGAACAGGGGAGUGCGAAGAGAGCAGAGGAGGGAGUUGUGGUGGAGUGGUGGUGUUCGGUGGCUGGGGGCGUUUGCGACUGAUAGGUGGUGAAGGUGGGUGA